AUGAAAUUUAAUUUUAAAUUAAUUUUAAUAAUUUUAAUAAUUAAUCAAAUUUUAAUAAUUAAUUGUAAAGAAAAUAAAAUUUUAGAAAUUUAUAAAAGUGGUAAUAUAUGUCCAUAUCCAUUACAUUAUCGUGAAAGAACAGGAUCUGAUGAUCAUGAUUUCGAUUUAGGAUUUGUUUAUGCUAGAAAUGAUUCAAAUUGUUUAUUACCAUGUCCAUCACCAAUUUAUACAAGUCAAGAAGUUAAUACAUUAUCAUUAAUGAUUAAAAUAACUGGUACGAUUUCAUUUAUUGCAUCAUUAAUUUUACUAUUAAUUUAUAGUCCAUUAAUUAAUAGAAUGGGUUAUAAUAGACAUACAAUUGGAAUUUUCUUUUUAACAUUUUCAGUAUUCCUAAUAAUGUUAACUGAUAUAAUUUAUGUUCAUCAUGGCAAUGAUUUAAUUUGUCCACAAUCACAUAGAUAUAGUAGACAAAAUGAUAGUGGUUGUACUAUUACUGGUAUUUUAUUCCAAUAUGGCUGUAUUGCUGCAGUUUUAUUUUGGGCAACACUUUCUUUAGAUUUAUAUCUAACCUUGAAAAAGAUUUCAACUAAAAAAGUUGAAAAAUGGUAUUUAAUAAUAUUGACAUUAAUUGCAUUAAUUUUAACAUUUGUACCAUUAGUAAAAAAGAGUUAUGGUUAUUUAGUAACUGGUUUAGCUUGUUGGAUUUUAGAUUCAACUGAUCAAAUUAUAUUUUUUUGGGCACCAUUUACUGCAAUUUUAGGAAUUGGUUCAAUUUUAAUCGUUUUAGUUGUUUAUGAAAUUUAUAAAAUUUCAAAAAUUACAAAACAAAAUAGGGGAAUUUUUCAAUCACAUAUUAGACCAUUAUUAAUGGUAUUAUUUAUAUUUGGUCAAUUUUUAUUUAUUUUAGCAUUUAAUGCAUUAAUAAAUAAUAAAUAUGAUGAAUAUAGUGCUAGAAUGGAUAGCUAUAUUGAUUGUUUAUUUAGUUCAUCAAGUUAUAGUUAUUUAUGUAGAUUGAAAACAUUCCCAUUUGAAAUGGAAUUUAUUGUAUUAUUUUUCUUACGUUUAAUUGGUAUUGAAGUUUUAAUAUUUUAUGGAUUCACUCAACAAACUAAAAAGAUUUUACUUCAUUCAUUUUUAGUUAAUAAUAUAUUUUUUAAAAAAUAUUUUAUAAGAUUGGAUGGUGCUUCAUUAGAUUUCUCAACUGUUGAUGAAGAAUUAAAAGUUGUAAAUUUUAGUUGUAAUAAUAAUAAUAAUAAUAAUAAUAGUAAUAGUAAUAGUAACAGUAAUUUAAAUAAUAAUUUAAAUAAUAAUUUAAAUAAUAAUAAUUUAAAUAAUAAUAACAAUUUAAAUAAUUUAAAUAAUUUAAAUAUUAAUAAUAAUUUAAAAAAUAGUCAAAAUAAUUUAAAUAAUAGUCAACAAAAUGAACCAUUAUCAAGUCAAAAAUUAUCAGAAAAUGGUAAUGUGAAUGUAUUUAUGGUUGAAAGUUUUGAUAAUAAUAAUAGUAUGAUUAAUCAAUUUAAACAUUUAGAAGAAAAAAAUAACAUAAUUUUAAAUAGUAUCAUUUCACCAGUACAGGAAGAACAAUAUGAAGAAGAUGAAAUUAAUAAUAAAAAUAUUAAUAAUAAUAGCAAUAAUGAUGAAAAUAAUUAA